CGAUUCUUAAAGUAGUGAUAAAUUGUGCUUCGAUUCAUCAAAGCUCAGCGCCGUCUCCUCCUCCCUCACUUGUCGAAUUCAACCUUCUUCUCCGAUCAUCGUCUGAAAACCUUUAGUUUUUGGGGAUUUUGGGGCAGGAAUCAAUGGCAACGAUUAGGAACUUGAAGAUAAAAACAUCAACGUGUAAAAGGAUUGUGAAAGAGCUUCACUCUUAUGAGAAAGAAGUUGAGAGAGAAGCUGCUAAGACUGCUGAUAUGAAGGACAAAGGCGCUGAUCCUUACGACCUUAAACAGCAGGAAAAUGUGUUGGGUGAGUCGAGGAUGAUGAUUCCGGAUUGCCACAAACGUCUCGAGGCUGCAGUAUCCGACCUCAAGUCCACUUUGGCUGAAUUGGAAGAGACAGAUGAAAAGGAAGGUCCAGAGAUUGAAGAUGCAAAGAAGACAGUCGCGGACGUGGAGAAGCAGUUUCCCACUGAAGAAGCCUGAGGGUUUUAGUCAUCGGUGAGUGCUUGGUCUGUGUAUUCUGACUUCUGAGAAUGUUAUUAUGGUUAACCAAAAUGUAAGAACAUAUCUCGUCUUCUAUGUCGUUAUCAAGGUCGAAUUGCAUACACUGAAAUUGCUUCACCUCUUAAUAACAUUUUUGGGUGAUUGUUUGUUCAAUUCAGUAUCUUUAAAAUGA